UGAAUAAGAGCGUCUCUGGCGGGAUUCGAACCUCUAGCUAUCAAUGCCAGUAUCAUACCCAUUCGAGCACUGUUAUUAUUUGUUAUCUAAUUGUUUACAUUUAUAUGUAUACUAUUGAUUUAUGGACAGUUUAAAAGUUAUGGGCACGAGUGGAUCUUUUUUACAGAAGAACACACAAGAUAUCACGCAGAGGACAAACAACAUGCCAACACAGACAGUGUCAAAAAUCGAAGUAAAACCAGAGAGUGAUGUUACCAGACCAGAUAGUACCGUCAGAUCACAUAGUGGCGUCAUAGUACUUGCAAACCUUAAACCUUCGGAAGCCUCAAUAAAAACAGAGGAUGUUUCACAAUCUCAAUACAAAAACAACGAAGGACUGAUUUCACCUACAGAAAAGGACAAAAAACUUCCCCGACGACAGAAAUAUGUUAACAACAGAACAUCGAGGUUGUAUGAGCUUACUAUUCCAUUUCAAAAGAUCAAGGUUGAACCAGAAGACCAGGAAGUGAUGAAUGAUUUGAAAUCCGCAAUUGCAACUGCUUUCAAGUUUCUCAAAGAUGCUGAAACUAUAGUCAGUGAUCAUAUUUUAGAAUGUCUGAAUGUUUGUAAAUUGUCUUACUGUGACGCAAGAGUUCGUCCAUACCGCCAAAUUAUUGGAAACCAUUUAUGCGACUUAGGCUAUCCUGCACUUUUUCAUAAGCUCUUGAUCGAACUUCAGAAACUCGAUCUCUUCAACGAUGAAAACAAACUUGCAGUUGACAUAUUUAGAUCAACAAAAUCUAUUGCAUGGAAUUUCACAAACGUUUCAAGAGAUUUAUGCAUUGAACUUGGAAAAGCUGGCGUGAUUCCACUGCUGUUGUCAAGCCUCACUCAAAAAGAGUUCCUUCCAUCUACAAUUACAGAAUCAAAUUCAUUUCAUAUAAAAGGAAACUUGGGAAUUUUGAGCAAUAUGAUACGGCUCUCUCCAGAUAAUAGACAGAUAGCACGUGAACAUGGUGCAGUGAAGCUUCUCUUGGAUUACUCCAAGGUUGAAUUCAUAAUGCUACAAGCCAAAUGCUUCAUCAUUCUGUCGUUCCUUAUUCGAACCGACGCAGAGGUGGGUCUUCUGGAGAGCACGGGUUCUGUCAUCAGAUUCAUCAUCAGCCUUCUCAACACAUCUCUAGCUUCGGACUCCGGAUCUGCACGAGGGUUUGGUACCUCUGAGAUUCUACUUGCUCUUAACAAUCUUGCACUGAACGAUAAAAAUAAAGUGAAAGUUGUGGAAUACGGUGGCCUAACUCAGCUGGCGAAAGCUCUUCAACUGCAGACCCAAGACAACAAGGAGGCCGUUCAAAUACUUUCGGCAGAGUUAACGUGGAAAUUGUCGUUCAUUGAAGACAACAGACAGAAAAUUAAAACAGAGAAUGGUUUGAUUGAUGCAUUGGCAAUACUUAAGACAUCGGCAAACGGUAAACUUAAAACGGCGUGCUCGGGUGCAUUGUGGGAAACAUUUGAGGGUAUAUUCGAAGAAGAAGACAAUACACCAACUGACGUUCAGACAACAAGCUUGAAGAAUGGGCUCCACGUGAUGAUCAGCUACCAAUGGGAUGUCCAGGCAAGAAUAAUUCAAUUGAAAGAAAAACUCCAAAAUGCCGGUUACAAUGUUUGGAUGGACAUUGAUCAGAUGGAAGGAGAUUUAUUAGGGGCAAUGGCGGCUGCCAUUGAAAAUGCAGCAGUUGUAUUAGCAUGUGUAUCUCAAAAGUACAAGGACAGUACAAGCUGUAGAACAGAAGCAACGUACGCUUAUAAACAAAAUAAACCAAUAAUACCACUACUUGUCCAACCAAACUAUACGGCAGACGGCUGGCUUGGGGCACUCAUUGGAACUCUAAAAUAUUACCCGUUCUUCAAGGAUACCAUGGUUACAACAGAAUUUCCAAAGAUUAGGAACGAAAUCGGGGAGAGAGGAAAAGUUAAUUCACAAUGUAAAGACUUUUCUGUUUCUGAAAUACAGGAUGGUAAUACAGACAAAGCUCGGACAGAUUCUAUCGACGGGGGGCAAAGGGCGGUGUCUGGUGGUGGCAAUAUCCCCAAUGAAGUGUCGGCGUGGACUACGAAGCAUGUUAGUGAAUGGUUGAAACGAAUAAAAAUGACGGAGUUAUGUAACGUUAUGAAACAAGUAAAUGGCAAACUUCUAAUUCAGAUGCUCAAGAUGUCGAAUAAAGCUCCUGAUUUCUUCUACUCAAGAUUAGAGCGAGACUUCAAAAUGAAUUUAAUGCAGAUACUGAAAUUUUCAAGCGCCAUUGAUGAAUUACUAGACUAAAAAUAUAUAUUAUUAAUUUAUAUUAUUAUCAACAUCAUCAUAUUUAUCGUGAUCAUCAUCAUCAUACAGGCGUAUUAUUAUUUUAUUAUUAUUAUUAUUAUUAUUAUUAUUAUUAUUAUUAUUAUUAUUAUUAUUAUUAUUAUUAUCAUCAUCAUCAUCCCUUAUAACGACUUGAUAUAAUCCUAUAAAUACAUAAAAUUUCCAAGUAUUAAUUCCUGACACCACCAACCCGGAUAUGUUGUAUAUUAAUCCCAUCAACCACAGCUUACAACAUUGAUGUGCCUUAUUAUUAUAAGCAAAUUACUUAUUUACCUAUUUCUUUGAGACUAUGGUUUCUUGUUUAGUGUAUGCAUAACAAAAUAAAUUACAAUAUCUUAUCAAGGGCAAUACACAUCACGUGUAAUUGCCCGUCAGAACACAAAC